AGCAAACCGCCCCUAGCCGGUGCGAACGGUCAUAAGUCAACAUGAUCAGCUGAUCAAGAGGAAUGUGAGGGAACAAAAAAGGAAGGAUGUUAUAUGGAUUCAUUCAUACGAUGGAAUACCGGCUGUUACCAGUUUGGGGAUCGACUAGCCGUGAUAAUAUUGUGAAAUCUCCCGUAGCGGUAUCCAAAUAAAGUAUAUAAUAACUCUCACGACUUACUUCUUCUGGAUAUUCUAACUGAAUAUUACGUAAGUCAUUCCUCUAUAGCAACAGUGUUUCUCUGACUAGCUAAUCUCGCGAGCUUGUACUUUUAGAAAGUGAAAAGAAAACUAUGGAAUUCGAAGACAUUCUCUCAGAGGUCGGUGACUUUGGUCCCUACCAAAAGUCUCUUUUAUUAUAUUUUAUGGCCCCUACGACAUUCGCAACUGCCUUUUACGUAAUGAAUGUCAUAUUCUUAGUCGCCGUUCCAAAUCACUGGUGUCUCGUCCCGGAAUUUGAAGAAACCAACUUGACCAUCGAAGAGCAGAAGGUGUUAAGUAUCCCGAAAGUCACAAGAAAUGGAGAAGAACAAUACAGCAAAUGUACGAUGUAUAACUUGAACUACGCAGCCAUCCUUCGUAACAUCACGUGGUUCAACGGAUCAGCUGUCCUUCCUGAACUUCAUUCGGACCAACCUGUCCAGUCCUGCCAAAACGGAUGGAUAUACGACCGUACUCUUUAUCAACAGACCGCUGCCACAAGGUUUGAACGAAGAUGGCGGCUACACAUGAGAAAGCUCAAUGUCUCAUCUGGUUUGUCCACAUCAGUGACAACUGUUCAACGAAACUACCACCGUCAAUAUGUCAAGGAUUCUCCCUACAAACCCACCAUUAGGAGGUGGUCUCACAAGUUUCGGGAGACAGGAAAUGUGACUGACCUGCCUCGAAAUGGACGUCCAGGUGUUUCUGAAGAAACCAUUGCUAAUGUCCAGGAGACUUUCCAACACAGCCCUAGAAAGUCUAUUCGUUGUGCUUCAAGUGAACUCCAGCUACCGCCAUCAAUGGGGACUCUGCCUUCCAAUUUUCAGCUUCCCUACAUCUUAACUGUUGAACAAGUGGGGCCUACUACGAGAUCCCGUUUAGUGUGCUUAUCUUGGAUUCUGUGGACUCUAGGCUCAUGUUGUCUGGCACUAGUGGCGUUCUUGUCGCGCAGUUGGGUGACCCUAGCUCUAGUGACGUCAUUGCCUACAGCGCUGUUCUUGGGUUACUGGAAAUUCCUGACCUUCUCUCCACGUUUUCUGAUUGUCCACGGAAGAUACGACGAGGCAGCCGAGGUUUUGAAACACAUAGCAAUAACCAAUAAGAAAGAUGUUCCAAGUGAUCUGCUAGCAAAAGUUUUGGUAAGAACGUUCAGUUAUCAAACAUACAUUUUUUAUUUAAAUUUUGUUGUACAAUCCAAGUUUUUUAUUAGACUGCAACUGGUUAUCCAAACAGGGCCUAAUAAGCAGGAAUUGGUAUUCAAGAAAUGCUGAUUGGGGGUUCAAUGC